GCAGACUCCCAGCCUCCCAACUCCCUGGCUGUCCCCAGGGACCACUGGCAGCAGCCGGGUCUCAUGAAAACCUCAAAGGCAUCCCAGCGCUACAGAAGCAUCCGGAGAAACACCAGCCAGCGCUAUCUCUACCAGGACUCCCUGCUGCUUGGUAACUCGGAUGACAGCUUUAAUGCUGAUGAAACAGGGGACAACAAUGAUCCGGAGCAAAUCUUCCAGAAUAUACAGUUCCAGAAAGAUCUCAUGGCAAAUAUCCGUUGCAGACCCUGGACCAUGGGACAGAAGUUGCGGGCACUAAGACGAGCAAAGGAGAUUGUACUGAAGUUUGAAGGGAGGUUGACUAGGACCCGAGGCUAUCAAGCAGCAGGAGCAGAGCUCUGGCGGAAGUUUGCCCGUUUGGCCUGUAACUUUGUGGUCAUCUUCAUCCCCUGGGAAAUGAGGAUAAAGAAAAUUGAGAGUCACUUCGGAUCUGGUGUGGCCUCCUAUUUCAUCUUCCUGAGGUGGUUAUUUGGAAUUAACAUAGUGCUCACAGUGAUGACAGGUGCUUUUGUUGUCAUUCCUGAGCUGAUUGCAGGCCAGCCCUUUGGAAGUACAGCCAGCAAGACCAUCCCCCAGGAACAGGUCAUGUCUGCACAGGAUCUGGACACUGUCUGGUCCCUGGGGGGCUACCUUCAGUACUCUGUCCUGUUCUACGGGUACUAUGGAAGAGAAAGGAGGAUUGGGAGAGCCGGCUACCGCCUGCCCUUGGCAUAUUUCCUGGUGGGGAUGGCAGUGUUUGCUUACAGCUUCAUCAUUCUCUUAAAAAAAAUGGCUAAGAACUCUCGCACCAGCCUAGCUAGUGCCUCCAAUGAAAACUACACCUUCUGCUGGCGGGUGUUUUGUGCCUGGGAUUACCUCAUUGGGAACCCAGAGGCAGCAGAGAGCAAGACAGCUGCCAUCGUGAACAGCAUUAGGGAGGCCAUACUGGAAGAGCAAGAAAAGAAAAAAAACAAAAACAUGGCAGUGACUGUCUGCCUGAGAAUCAUUGCCAACAUUCUGGUGCUCCUGUCACUGGCUGGGAGCAUCUAUCUCAUCUACUUUGUGGUGGACCGGUCCCAGAAAUUGGAGCAGUCAAAGAAGGAGCUGACACUUUGGGAAAAGAAUGAGGUGAGUGUGGUGGUCUCCCUUGUCACCAUGCUAGCACCAUCUGCCUUUGACCUCAUAGCUGCCUUGGAGAUGUACCACCCACGGACCACACUGCGCUUCCAGUUAGCAAGGGUCCUGGUACUGUAUCUAGGAAAUCUCUACAGCUUGAUCAUUGCUCUUCUGGACAAAGUAAACAGCAUGAACAUUGAGGCGGCUGCUACCAAAAAUAUCACAAGCCGUUGGGCAGAUCCUUCCACCUUCUAUACCACCAGAGCAAUGCCUGAAGAAGGGCAAUGGUCCACACCUGGGGCAGGCAUGGAGCUCAGGAGUAACAGCAGCACGUGGAUCUUGGAAGGCACAAGCAUUCUGACUACUGUUAUGCCACAUACCAAGGCCAACAAGACAGUGCCCUACAUGCAGGGCCCACAAGGACAGUGCUGGGAGACCUAUGUUGGCCAGGAGAUGUUGAAGCUGUCUGUCAUUGACAUGCUCUUCACGGUGGCCAGCAUCCUUCUCAUAGACUUCUUCCGAGGACUUUUCGUUCGCUACCUAAGUGACUAUUGGUGUUGGGACCUUGAAAGCAAGUUUCCUGAAUAUGGGGAAUUCAAGAUCGCUGAGAAUGUGCUGCACCUAGUCUACAAUCAAGGCAUGAUUUGGAUGGGGGCCUUCUUCUCUCCGUGUCUACCAGCCUUCAAUGUUCUCAAGCUCAUAGGGCUGAUGUACCUGAGGAGCUGGGCAGUGUUGACCUGUAAUGUACCCCACCAGCAAGUGUUUCGAGCCUCCAGAUCCAACAAUUUCUACCUGGCAAUGCUCCUGUUCAUGCUCUUCCUCUGCAUGCUGCCAACCAUCUUUGCUAUCGUCCACUACAAGCCAUCUCUGAACUGUGGCCCCUUCAGUGGACAAGAGAAGAUCUAUGACAUCGUGUCAGAGACAAUAGAGAAUGACUUCCCUGCAUGGUUUCACGUUGUGGUUGGACACAUCAGCAGCCCUGUGGUGAUACUUCCAGCUGUACUCCUUCUGUUCAUGCUCAUCUACUACCUUCAGAGCAUCGCAAGAUCCCUGAAGCUCAGCAGCCAGCAACUCAGAAUGCAGAUCCAAAACGCAAGAUCUGAAGAUAAGAAGAAGGUUGCCCAAAUGGUAGAGGCUCGAAUCCAGACUCGUGAAGAAAGCACCAAGAGGCUUCUAAAGGAUGGCGACAUCAUCAGCCAGCUGUCCUCAGCAUACCUGGCAACACCCCAAAACAAUGGCACCAUGAUCAACUGUGACUCUCUGAGUAGCAAGAGCCUCAGGAUGGAGACAGUCACAAAGUCCCAGCCCCAGAGUCCCGGGUAAGGGUCCAGGGGCCCCUGCUCUCCUCUUCCAGGUGGAUCGAGCUCAAGGCCAGAGCAGGAUGCCAGUAGGGAUCCACAUGGCCCAUGUGCCAGCACAGGCAACCUCCACAAGAACAGACCCUGCACAUCCAUGACACAGACACAGCCCCGCAAGGAUGCUUGCUCAGAGCCUCUUUCCCGAAAAGACUUUCAGCCAAUCAGACCUCAUUUCUGUGGACCUGGGGUCUCUGCCCUGAUGACACAUGGCCACAGACCCCGUGCUCCCAGAUACUAUGUUGUAAAUGAACGUGACUAUCACAAAAAGACCCACCCGACUUUCUGGCCAGAACGACAUUUCAAGAUAGAUGCUUUAGGUGAAGUUGUGGAGCUGUACCCCAGGAAUGUGAAGAAGUACAUGUCCUGGGCUCCCCGACAGCCUUGCUCACCACAGCUGAGUGAAGAAGAGGAGGAGACACUGGGGACAGAUUUGGUGCAAUGGGCGAUCCCUCCUGGCUCCCUGACAGACCUCCCUCGGGCUUCUCAUUUUUACACCGGUAACAGACCAGAAAGUGACACUCAAGACCCUGAGUAUCAGCGAAGAAUGUACUACAGAUCUGCGGAUAACAGUUUUGAAGGCCAGCUUGAGAGACCCACAUUUGUACAUAAAAAGCCACGAUCCAGGAAUGUCCAGUACCCACAGCACCCUCUGAAGCCCAGAGGCAAAGCCAAGUUCGAGCCAUCCUUCACAGAAUCUGAUUCCGUGUCAGCAGCAUCCAGCAGUGACCAACAAAACAGCAGCAAUGAUCAAUACCUGCAGGUCAUGUCCAGCCAGGGCAGAUUCCCAAGAUCUGCCAGCCAGCUGGGCAGGAAGAAGGCCAAGCCCAGGCAGGCGCUGCCCACGGACCUAAAUGACCUAAUUUGUUCAAAUGUCUAGGCUUCUUUCAAUGUCCCUUCCUAAAGACUGGAUCUCUUUGGCAGUAUUGGGAGCACACAGUCCCACCCUUUCUGGAAGAGAGACCCAUUGUGGGGGUUUUAGAGAUCUGUGGAUCUUCUUUAGGGGCUUUUACUGUCUGAGGUUCUGAGACUAUGGGGCUGUACCUUCCUAUUCACAGCAAUGGUGUG